GGGUAGUGGGGUGAAAAUCCGGCCAACUUCAUCUGCGGCUGCUUGCGUCAUUUCGUAUUGCGCGUACACCCAGUGCUGUCUCUGCAGUCCGCAAUAUACCGACGGUCCGCCUUCUCAAGUCUUGUGAAACUUCCGAUGACAGAUUCCACUCCUUGUCAGUGGAGCUCGUUCAAGCCGAGUUGGGAGCUCGCUCGUGGAUGGUGAAUCUGCAAUGACGAGGACAUAGGUCUCUGAUCAUAGCAAUCAGUCGCCGUCAGUUGUCACCUACAGCUCCGACAGUUCAUGAAAUCCAGCAUGGACCCGCUCGAUCAACGAAACAAUGCCGAGCUGCAGGCAAUGAUCCAAGAGUACGGCGCUGCUCAGGCAGCACAGAGCGCGAAGCGCCUAUCCUCCUCAUCCACAAAUAUGACUGGGAUCGUCGGAGCUCUGACAGGUGCUCCGCGGGGGGGAGAAGGAUGCAGCAUGGGCUCUGGCAACGUGCCCUCUUCCAAUCGGAGCAGCUUCGACAAGCCGCACGUGCCGAUUGGCGCUCAAGGAGUGCCAGGGCAAGGAGGGGCGCAGAUGACUCUGUCAGGGUCGCGUGAUACCACUGGUGGUGUGUCGGCCGUCGCAGCAACCGCAACGGAAGCAUAUGGCGGCCCGAUAGGAUUCAGCAUGCAGCAGCGGCUAUCGGGUUCUGGCAUAAACGAGGGGGUUCAGGCAGCCAUGCAGCGGCAAGGUGUUGGUGCCAACGGAGGAAUGGGCUCUGGCAAUGCCGUUGCAAAUUGGUUGCAGCAGAUGCAGCAUCAACAACGGCAGCAGCUCCAUGAACAGCAACUCCAGUACCAAUUGCAACUGCAGCAGCAGCAGCGGCACUUUGAGGAACAGCAGCGGCAACUUCAGCAACGACAUAACCAGAAACAACAACAUCAACAGCAGGAACAAGCAGGUAGCGACGUAUUUGGUUCUACUUCGUCGAGCGGCGCAGGGUUGUCUCGACAGUAUCCAUUCAGCGCAAACGCUACGCCGUCGACGACGCUCGCUGGGCCGAUGCCAGCCAUGAUUUCGCAAGCACCAGGUCCUAUGGGCCCAAUGAAAAUACAGCAAGCCAGCGCCAGCUCUGCGCCAAUCAUGCAGCAGAGCCACAGCAUUGACCCGCAGGAGAUGCAGGCUAUCCUGUCCCGCACGCCCAAGCAGAGCCGCCGGCGCAUGACCGUCGGCACGGACUUUCGGCCCCAAGUGGAUCAGGGCUCAUCGUCGAACGACACUACUUCUGCCGCUGCGGCUGCGAAUCGCAGGGUGUUGGUCGACAGCCCGAUCCGGCAGUUCCACAAGCAGAACCAGCCGGCCGGCGGCCAUCCAUACCAGACGCCCCGCUCGUCGGUACCCAUGGUGCCGAAUAACAGCGGCAGGAGCAACGACGGCGUCGUGACGGGCAGCGAUGGCGGUGUCAGCAUGCGCGAACGCAUGUCAAGCAGAAAUGGAGGAGGAUCCGGCCCGGUACCCGGGCACGGGAACGGGAUUGGGCCGGGGCCAGAUGGCUCACCCAUCCGCUCCCAGUCGCUCUCCGAGCGUCUGCAACAAUCGGGCUUUGUCAGCUUUUCCGACAUGGCAGCCGUUGCGAAUAAUUACGCCAUGCAGCAGAAGCAGCAGCCUUAUCAGCAACAACAAGCACACCAGCAGCAGCAAGCAGAACAGCAGGCCCAGGCCCAGGCGCAACAACAGCAGCAGCGCGCGAGCUGGAGUAGCACUGCCGCAGGACCCAGCAGAGGCGGCGAGAUGAUGGACUUCAGCAUGAGCUCACGCUCGAUCAGCAGCCAAAGCUUUGGUCCGGGCAUACCGGUCACCAAGGACGAGCCACGACGGAUCUCACUGGAUGCGUGGACGCAAGAAGACACGCAGGAAGCAAGACACAUGCAACACCAGCGGUCCAAGAGCAAUCUCCUUCCUAUGGGUGGCUCGAGCGACAUGAGCGCCAGCAAUAGUCACCCUGGCUUCAUGCUCGAUGCCAGCGGGUACAUCCAGCCCGGCAUGAGCUCAGGUAAUCCUGACAGUAGCAGCAGCGGCGGUUCGGCUUCACAGGCCAUUCAGUCGUCGCUCAUAGGUGGCGGCACUGCGAAGGGGUCCACCUUCCUCUCGCACCCCAUUCUGCCCCCUUCGGCGCUUGGAGGCCACGCGGCCAGCCAUCCACCAGGGCUCGGCUCGAAGAUCCUUCGUGGUGCAGAUGCCAAUACCCCCUCCGGAACCUCCACUGCAACAGAUCUCACCAAGCGCAAAGGCUGGUCGAGCCGCAUGGUAGACGAGCUUCUCGAUUUCGUGCAUGUGCUUGAUCCGCAAAGCAACAUCCUCUUCGCUAGUCCCAGUAUCGUGGAUAUGACCGGUUGGCGAGCCGAGGAGCUCAAAGGCAAGAAGCUCACGGAUUUCGUGCAUCCAGACGACAUCUCGCUGGUGCAACGCAAUCUCAGCGCUUCGCUCGAGUCCGCCAAACCGGAAAUACACAUGUAUUUCCGCUUCAUGAAGAAGCGGAUCAACAACAGUGGAAAGCCUAGCCGCUCGCCGUCGGAUGCUGCCGGGGACGUCUCAUCUGGUGACAGCGGGCCUGGCAAUGUCGGCCAAGGGCGCUUCAAUUCACAGGGUAGCGACGAAGGUGAUGGAUGACGAUCAAGCAGUAGCUCAUCUGGCGGCUGAUUAUGCCAAGUCGGACAAGGGAAAAGAAAAGGAGCGGACUAAAAGGGAUACCAAGAACAAAGAGAAAAAGUCCAUGGUGCAGCCAGGAAAGCCGGAUGAGUUGCAGUGCUUCUUCUGUUCAUGCCGCGUCUACCCGACCAAGACCAUCAGCAUGCUCGACUCAUUCUUGGAGCUCAAGAUUGAAAAUGAGCGCCUACGACUUAUGCUCCAGCAGAUGAACAUGAAUGAUGACGGUUCUUUAGGGGACCGCAA